AAAGCGGGUAGAAGAAUGGAGAGAGUUAGAAGGAUGGUUUCAGAGAGGCCGGUCGUGAUCUUCAGCAAGAGCACGUGCUGCAUGAGCCACACUGUGAUGAGGCUGCUGAGUGGGUUUGGGGUUAACCCGGCGGUGCACGAGGUGGACCAGAUCGCUCGAGGUAGGGAGAUCGAGCAGGCUCUGUCUAUGCUUGGCUUUAGCCCCACGGUUCCGGCUGUCUUCAUUGGCGGCCAACUGGUCGGUGGAACCAAUGAAAUUAUGACACUUCAUCUUAAUCGCUCCCUCAUUCCCAUGCUUACUGCUGCUGGCGCUUUGUGGGUUUGACCGCUGACCAAUGCUUUUUAUGCUUUGUCGGAUAGUGUAAUUUAGUGGAUAAAAUAUCAAUUACUAUCUUAAACUGAUAUGAGUUUAUUUUGAUCGCUCGUUCACCUCAUACAACUAAUACACAAUUGACUCAAAUGGACCGAGUCAUUUGGUC